AUGUUCUGCUGCGGAGGUGCAGAAGAAGAUAUCUCGGGUGGUCCGCCUCCAAACCAGUAUACAGCUCCACCAAGAGGGGGAAAUCCAUACGGUGGCGGUGUUGGCAGUCAAAGAGGAGAUCAGCCAAGGACUUCUGGUGCUGCAAGAAGUGGAGCUCCUCAGAAAGUUCUGCCUAUCGAAAUACCAGCCUUGUCAUUGGAUGAGUUAAACCGAUUGACUGGUAACUUUGGGUCAAAAGCUUUAAUCGGAGAAGGUUCUUAUGGACGCGUUUUCUAUGCAAAGUUAAGCGAUGGCCAGGAAGCAGCAAUAAAGAAGCUGGACAUCAGUUCUUCACAAGAGCCAGACACUGAUUUUGCAGCUCAGGUGAACAUUUUGGGCAUUAUCUUUCCUGGAAAACAACAUAUAUGA